AUCACCUUCCGCCCCCGCCCUUACGUUAGGACAUGACGCCUUUGCCUCUCUUGACGGUGCCUGCCUCACCAGAACUGCAUCAGUCUUCGCCCGACCUGGCUGCAGACAGACCAGAGCGUAGUCGAAACGCAAAGGCGCAAGCGCGACACCGUGCUAAGCGGAAAGCGUACAUCCAGCAGCUGGAGCAAACGGUGGUGAGACUGCAGCAGGCACUGCAAUUAUCGCCAGACCAGCAUGUGGCGCCUAUCCCGCCACCCAUCCGCAUCCGCGAGCUCGAAGAAGAAAACGUCGCGCUGCACCGCGAAAUUGAGAUGCUGCGUCGCCAGCUCGACGAGCGAAAUGCUCGUCUGAGACCGGAUAUCCACCAACGAAGUCCCGAUGCGCCACCGUUGGAUACUCGGAUAUACGAUCGCGAGUACAAGCAUCGCCAGUCGUUCUCGUACGAGAACGAUCUGCAGGCCCCGACGGCCCCGCCUUCUCAGGUUUCGAGUCCCACGACUUUGGCGAUGCAAGGCCUAAAUUACAAUUAUUCACACAGCCCCGCUUCACCUUCCAUGGGACAAGAACGAUCAUCUCCGCUUCCCGCAGCGCCCACUUACGGGUACCCGUACCACAUGCCCGAGACACCACCAAGUAGUUCGACGUCGACCCCGUCGACGCCUUCAUUUUCGCCGACGGACCAUUAUGGGAACUACGCGCAACGUGCACCAUUACCCUCGGCUCAUGGUGGUCAUCCGACCUACCAACAACAGGGCACUGUAGGGCACUAUGGUGGCGUGAAGGUCGAGGAAGAAGCCUAUGGACUCGCGCAGCCGUCACAUGAUAUCGCACAUGCGAACGGAUAUUCAGGUGCUAUCCCUGUAUAUGGCACCAACCAGCACGCGUUGAAUCAGUGGACAUAUCCGGACCGAAGUCAGGCUCAUGAGACCUACGAAAGGAUACCGUGAUACAAUAACAUGCUACUAACAAAUACCGCCUUUCCUAACCAAUGUUGUCUCGUGCACCUGUCCUUGCUUUCUCGCUUUGUCGAAGUAACCUGCGCUCGCACUUGCUAAUGCUAUCGUUUCCUGUCAUUGG